GAACGCAUGCGUAGUAAGUGUUUAAUAGUAUAGUAAGUGUUGUUUCGUUGAUUUGACCACAAGUUGUAGUCAUUGACAGACAUUGAAGGCAUUGAAAGCAUUGAAAUGAAUAGAAAUGCAAUGCUUUUCAAUACAUCAUUGACUCUCUGUUUAUGAUAUCAUAUAAUGGCGUCAAUUAAUGGCAUCAAAAGUAAUCAUAACUUCAUCGCCAACAACGACAACCACUCACACCAUAACAGUAUCAAUGAAUGCGAAGAACAGAACAUUUGGUCAUCGAUCUUAACUCAAGUGCAGACGUCGGCCACAAACAAAUUGCCAUCAAAUAAAUCAAUCAUUGUUUUAGGCGACAAUGAUUCAGGAAAGACAUCACUUAUUGCCAAAAUGCAGGGCAUUGAAGACACGAGGAAGGGAUCAGGUUUAGAGUAUCACCAUUUACUGGUUCGCGAUGAAUAUCGUGACGAACAGACGCAAUGUGGUGUUUGGAUACUCGAUGGCAACUGUAGUUGGAAUUCACAGCUUCUGAAGUUUGCUCUCAAUGAUUAUACAAUUCCCGAUACAACCAUACUUUUGACGGCUUCGAUGACCAAACCGUGGGAUAUCAUUAAUUCAUUAGAGAAAUGGACAAAAGUGUUGGACAAUCAUCUGAAGAAUCUCAAUCUUAAUCGAGAAGUUUUUAAUAGUUAUAAACAACAAAAUUUAAAGCGUUAUCUCGAAUAUAUAUCACCGGGAGAUGAGAUGGAAAGCUUAGUCAAUACUCCGGUAAAGUUUCGGAGUAAUAGUGAUUUAGAGGUGUCAUUCAAAAACAGUAUUAGUUGUAAUUCAGUCAACAGUCCACUGCCUGAGGGCGUACUGACACAUAAUUUAGGAAUCGAUAUCAUAGUCGUUAUCACUAAAACUGAUUACAUGUCAACAUUAGAGAAGGAAUUUGAUUAUAAAGAAGAAAGUUUUGAUUUUAUACAACAAGCGAUCAGAAAGUUUUGUCUUAAAUUUGGUGCCUCAUUGCUAUAUGUUUCAGUAAAAGUAAACAAGAAUUGUGAUUUACUAUACAAAUAUCUGGUUCAUAGGAUAUAUGGACUAAAAUUCAAAACUCCUGCACUCGUUGUUGAAAAAGAUGCCGUCUUUAUACCCACCGGUUGGGACAACGAAAAGAAAAUCGCAAUUCUUUAUGAAAAUAUACAAUCAGUUUCUCCUGACGAUGACUAUAAUGAAGUGAUUGGUAGUCCUAUUGUUAAUAAGCCCCUUCAAAAAGAAGUUGAGACGACAGCAGAGGACGAUCAGGUUUUUCUGCUUAAAAUGCAAUCACAACUUAAUCAACAAAUGCCUGUCGGAGCAACUCCUCCGACCAGAACGACACCAAUUGUUCAAAAACAAUCUGAGAGGCGAACGCCGAUAAAUACACCCCCAACAGGCGCACAGAUUGAUGGUUCAAAGGGUACCCCCGGUGGUGAAGGUGUAUUGCAAACAUUUUUUAAUAGUCUAUUAAAUCGAAAGUCUGGGUCUCCAGGAGUAGGAUCUCCUCGAACGCCAAAUAAUAUAACUGAUAACCGAAUGGGAGUUCAGGCGGAGUUGGAUCGUAUGAUUGGCAGCAAUAGUUCGACACCAACUCAUAAACUGAAUCUAUCCGCCACUUCAUCGGAACAAUGAUAUGAUAUCUCAUUAUUUGUUAGAUUUUAUAUAUAAAUUAAUUCUAAUAUAAUAUACUUAUAAAUAUUUG